CCUGUACUUAAACCUCCGAAUUCCAUCAGUGCGGGCUAUAUUUUAUACUUCCGGCCUAUACUCACGGUAGUGGCUCACCAAUUCGACCAAGACAUGACGGUCUAAACCGCCACGACCCCCCGAUCCACUACAAUGGCCUCCUUGCGCCCGGGGCCGACCGAGGCCAACUCCUCCGCCUCCAGCAGUGGAUCACCUGCUCAGUAUACGCCCGUUUCUGGGUCCGAGCAUAGCGCAUCUCCCAACCCCAAUCGUCCUGCUGCUGGGUCCUUGAAGGUACAGACGGACUUCAGCUCGGAUGGCGAACCAUUUUCCGAUGACGAAAUUGACGAAGGGUACGAUUCCUACGAAGAUGUGCAGCCCACCUCCAGCAGAACCAGCAUGCCCAAGUAUACAAGAGAGGAAGAAGCGCAGGUCAUCAAGCAGUUUGACCGCAAACUCGUCCCAUUCCUUGCUCUUCUCUAUUUGCUUUCUUUCUUGGAUCGCUCAAACAUUGGAAAUGCCAAAAUUGCCGGUCUAGCAGACGACCUGAAUCUCUCAUCAUCCCAAUAUGAGUGGCUUCUCACGUCAUUCUACAUCACCUACAUCCUCUUCGAAUGGAUGACCCUCAUGUACAGAGUAGUCCCGCCGCACAUCUACAUCGCUCUCUGUGUCUGCGGAUGGGGCCUCGUCGCAUCUUUACAAUCGCUCGCUACCUCCUUCGGGGCCCUCGUCUUCCUCCGAGCAGUUCUCGGGAUCACCGAGGCAGCAUUCGGUCCUGGCGUCCCCUUCUACCUAUCGUUAUUCUACAAACGCGAAGAGCUGGCCUUCCGAAACGGCCUCUUCAUCUCCGCGGCUCCCCUGGCAUCAUCAUUCGCCAGCAGCCUGGCCUGGGUCAUCGUCCGACUGAGCAGCAACGGACCCAUCGCACCCUGGCGUGCCCUCUUCCUCAUCGAAGGGUUCCCAAGCAUCAUCGUCGCCGUCUUCGCCUGGAUGCUCAUCCCCGAUACACCAGGGACUGCUUCAUUCCUCAAUCCCCGGCAGCGAGUCAUCGCGCAGCUACGUAUGGACGAGAUCAACCCCGGCCGCAAACCAUCACAGCAACAUCAGCAGCAGCAACGCAAAUCCUUUAACUGGAAAGAAGUCAAGAAAACCCUCUCCGACCCCAAAUCCUACAUAACUGCCUUCAUGUUCUUCAGCUGCAACGUCGCCUUCAGCUCCAUGCCCGUCUUCCUCCCCACCAUCAUCCAAGACAUGGGCUACAGCCCCCUAACCUCACAAGCCCUCUCGGCACCCCCCUACCUCCUCUCCUUCCUCACCGUCCUCCUAACCUCCCACCUCUCGGACCGCACCCGCACGCGCAGUCCGUACCUAAUCUUCCACGCGCUCCUCUCCGCAACCGCAUACGCCCUAAUCGCCCUAACAGGGCACUUCCACGCCUCUCUCCCACCCACAAUCCACGUCGCAAUCCGCUACCUCUGCGUCUACCCCGCCACAUCCGGGUUCUUCUCCGCCAUCACCCUAAUCAUCACGUGGACGAUGGACAACCGCGUCGCCAAAGAAGGGAAGGGGACGAGCGUGGCCCUUUUGAACGUCAUCGGGCAGUGUGGGCCCCUGCUCGGGACAAGGUUGUAUCCGAGGAGUCAGGGCCCGUGGUAUGUUCCGGGUAUGGCGGUGUGCGCGGGGUUCAUGGUGGCUGUGGCUGGGUUGGCGGUCUUGUUGAGGAUGUUGUUGGGGAGGGAGAAUAGGGGGUUGAAGGGGGAGAUGGCUGGAGAGGAAGAGGAGAUUGAGAUGGAGGAGGGGGGUGGGGAGGAGAUGGAGGUGCUUAUGGGGAGGGAGACCAGGAGGAGUGGUUCCAGGGAAGGGGGCGAGGGGAGGAGGUUUACGUAUAUCUUGUGAGUGUGAGAUAAGUCGUAGAUGGAUUGGAUGUUUUGAUAUCUACCUUGGGUUGGAUGAAUUAGAUUACUGAGUCGGCUGGGGAUAAGAAAAAUUUAGUGCCGAGUUAAGAUAGAAUAU